AUGACUGAAUUUAAAAGAGACAUAGUACGAGAGCUUCAUGCACCAGCUCGCCGAAAUUUUCCAAGACGUAAAGUUGAUAUUCGAGAUAAGGAUGAAACUUGGCAAACUGAUCUUGUUGACAUGAUUGAACACUCAUCUUUCAGUUGGGCUGUUGAACUCAAAAGCAAGACUGGAAAAGAAGUAUCAGCUGCAAUGGAAUCAAUAUUUAAAAAAGGACGAGUUUGUAAAAAUCUACUUGUGGAUCAAGGAACAGAAUUUUAUAAUUCCAUUUUUCAAGCGAUGCUAAAAAAAUACCAUUUACAAGGUACUUAUAAAUGGGUUAAAAUAUUACCAAAAUUCAUUGAACAAUAUAAUAAUACAAAACAUCGUACAAUCAAAAUGGCACCAGCAAAAGUUGUUGGAAAAUAA